AUGGCGGAAAUCAAGAUGGAAAAGAAUAAAUGGGACACAUUCCAAUACGAAAACCUUCUGCAGCAGCACAUUCAUCCGCCGCAACUCCAAGUUCAAAGACAUGAACUCGAGCGGGAGCACGACCUGAGGAUGCAGCAACUCCAAGCAGAGGAAGAACAAUUGCUACAGGACUCUUUCUUGCAGGACUUACCACCUCGUCUCGAAAUACAGUCAGCUUUGCAACCGGAGGUAAUAGAAGAGCCAGAAAGAAUUUCUCCCGCACCGCCACUGGCGCCAGUCGUCCACCGACCUCAGCCAACUCCUCACAUCCACCAUCCGAUUGCCCAACAUCCGCUGCAUCAUCCGCAGAUUCUCCAUCCACAGCCAAUCCGACCUCAUGAAGUCAUGCCACACAUUUCGUUGGCCCAUCACACGACCAUACAUUCCACCAUACAUCAAUCCGUAAUACAACAGAACCGAAUUCAUCAGCCGUCACUUUUCCCGGAGUCCGAGGAAAAGGUCCAACAACCCAGCCGACCUACAGUACUCCAUCACGCACCUCAUUCCUAUGACGUGCCGUCUAUCCCACAGCAGCCGUUCCUUUCGCCUUUUCCUUUUACUGGACAUUUCGGUUCGUUUUCCAGAGAUCAAUCGGUGGAUAAAAAUAUAGUUUUCAAUAAAAUUACUUUCUAUUGUUUUAGUCAAUUUAUUAAAAAAAAACAAAGUCUGCUACAUAAUAACUUGAUUCUCAUUUAACCGCUAUAUAAGUAGCUUGGUGAAUGAGAAGUAGUCAAGGAAUGAUAAAAUUUGUUCUCUGAAAAUUGUUGGAGUACUCUUUUUUUGCAGUUCUGCUCAUUAAAAAAAUUUUUUUGCAAUCGUAAUAAUUUUUUUAAAAAUAUAAAAAAACUUUUCGGGAAAGACUGAAAAAAAUUUCACACGAAAAAUUUUUUUAAAGAAAAGAUUUUUGAUUGCUUCUGAUAUGAAUAGCUCUACGAAUUUCCCACACAGCCUUUCUAAUCGUCACUUUUUUCAGCCGGAUUCCCACUGGCCGAGCUUGACUACCGACUCAAUGACUUUCACCCGUUUACCCAAAGCUCAAGCUCUCGACAACAUUCAAUGCCUUCGAGUCAUGACAUUCCUUCAAGUUUAUCCUUGAAAGAACCGACGGAAAACCCCGUCCUGAUCACGCAUCCUUCCGUGAUCCAACAUGCGCCUCGAUCAAUCAUCGAAAAACCUUUUCCUGUCAUCCCGAGGUGAAUCAAACUAAUGACUUGAAGCUCCGAAAUUGGGUAGGUGAGCUAAACGAUAAACCUUUACCAGUCAUAAAAGACAAAGUUUUCCUUGUUCAAUAUUCGAUAGUUUAUGACAGAUAUUAGCGUUAAUCUACUCCUCGAAGCUCUUCUGAUUUUUUGAAAGGAAAAAUUGAAAGUUGGCGUUUGACCUUAAUACAUAUCUUUUUCACCAUUUUGGCAUAAUGAAAAUGUUUUCACUGAUAUUCAUCUAAGAUCAGCUUUCCUUGUUGUUCAGACCGAACCCGCUGUUUGAUCGGCGGACAGACGACAUUUUUUUCAAUUCUUCUCUUUACCGACCUCACCUUUCUCUAGACAUGGCACAUUCUUCAAAACAGGAAGUGCGAAGCUCAAACUUCAACGAAAAAAAGAGUGAAAUUGUAGCAAAGGCACGUGGAUCGACUCCAUGAAGAUUUCCCGAUUCUCGAAAGCUUGGCUUGCAUCGAGAAGAGAGAAGAAAUGAAAAGGCACUCCGUAAUGCACGAUUGUCAGGUUGCUUUUUCGAAUCGAAAAAUAGAAAAAAUCACUUUUUAUCAAGUUCUCUAGGAAUUUCCGCAUGACCCUCAUGUUACAAAUUCUUGACAAACUCUAAGUUUCAAAUCUUAGGCUUAAGAAGUUCAGUUGCAACAAAAUUAGCCAUCGGAUAAACUUCUGAGCUCAGAAACACUAAUUCUUCUCGAAGCUUUGACUUUACAGUGAACAAGAAGCAUUCAAAUGAUGUGAGAGUUUGAGUUUGCGUUUAUCAAUCUCAAAAAAAUUUCCUUGGAAAUUGUGUGCAAAAACGAAAUAUCACCUUACUUGCAUUAAGGUUUGCCAGUCAACUCACGCCAACGGACUUCAUUUUGGCGCUCGAACUUGUGCUGCUUGUGCAGCAUUUUUCAGGUUCUAUUUCCUAUCCAAUCAAUUUUCAAUCUGAAUCAACCCACAGGAGGUCGAUAAGCGACGACAAACAUUAUGUCUGCAAAAGGAAUCAAAGAUGCACCAGCGCCAGUAGAGACGGUGAAAUCUAUUUCCACUCUUUUUCGAUCUUAUAAUACAUUUCAUACACUCAGAAUACAUCAAAAUUCAGGAACAGGUUAUAGAAAAAUUUGCCGCAGCUGCAGAAUGAAGAGGUGUCUCGACAUUGGGAUGCUUCCUGAAAGUAAUAUUUUUUUUUUGAAGGAAAAGAUUAAUAAUGAUUUUUGCCAGAUGUACAACACAAACGAACCAGAAAAGACGAUGAUACUCCGCCAAACAAAUCUUUCGAAGGAUUUUUUCCCACCUUUUACCCACACGUUGAGAGUUGA